AUGGUGCUUGCAAACGACAACUUCUCCACCAUUGUCGCAGCUGUGGAACAGGGCCGGUCAAUCUACAAGAACAUGAAGGUCAUCCGCUAUUUGAUCUCUUCCAACAUUGGCGAGGUGGCGUCGAUAUUCUUCACCGCGGCCCUUGGAAUCCCCGAGCGCUCCGGUGGUGAACUUCUGGGGG